AUGAUUAAUUCAUUUAUUAUUCUUCGUGAAAUUGUUCAAAACUUACUUAGUCAGAAGCACCAAUUGAAGAUCACACAGCAACACGUUAAAAAAUUAGCUGCAUACGAAUUAACAAGUGGUGAUUGGAAUGUUUUGUCAGUAUUACACUCGAUUCUUAAACCAUUUUAUCUUGCCACCAAAGCAAUAUCUGGUCGUCAAUAUCCAUCCAUUGGAUUGGCUUAUUAUUUACUUAUGCGACUGAAACAUUUUUUAGAACAGCACGACAACAAAGAAAGUUUAUUAGAAAAACGACUUAAACAACUAUCAUUGAAGGAAUUUUUGUAUUAUUUUGACAGUGAAGAUGAACAAAUGAAAUUAUUAAAGAUAAGUGAAUAA